CACCCUGAUGUAAACAGUGGUUCCCCGGGACGUUGAUAAUUGGAAAACCUACUUUCGUUUUGAGAUCUUUGGAGGGAAACCCGAGGACGGUAUUUAAAAGCUUUCAUCCGAGUAAUGUGUUGUAUUUAAAGGGCAUAUUAUGGCCACAGAAGUUAAGAAGACAGAAUGAGCCAGAUGGAUAUAGAUGGACUGAAAGAGACUCCUUGGAGAAAGACAUGCAACUGGAACAAAACAUUCGAGACUUUGGCUGAGCUCAAAGAUGAACUUGAGAAUUAUGAACCAAUGGGAGAGCUGCUAACAGGAGAAGUACAAAUUCCCCAAGUCAACUUCCUGCUCUUUGGUGGGAUAGGUGCCGGAAAAUCCAGCGUUUUCAACACCUUCAAUUCUGUAUUUCGGGGCAAGAUUUUUAACGUAGCAAGAAGUGGCUUUUCAGAGCACAGUCUUACAACUAAGUUUACAAAAUAUCCAGUGAUGUCGGGAAGCAGCACACUACCUAUGCCUCUGAAGUUUCGAAUAUGCGACAUCAGAGGUUUGGAGUUAGAACAUCUUAUGACAAAGGAAAAUAUGCGCUAUAUACUCGAAGGAAGUAUUGCAGACAAAUUUCCAUUUGAUCCAAGUGGGAAUAUUUCGGCUGACAUGCCUGGAUUUAAGAAACACCCAGAGCUUGACGAGAAGAUUCACUGCGUUGCUCUUGUUCAAGAUGCAUCUAUCGUUGAUGCCAUGCAAGACCUGAGUCCAGAGGUAACUAAGAACAUCAAAGAAAUGCAGACGGUUAUGAACAGUUUAGAUAUACCCCAAGUAGUUAUAUUGAGUAAGAUUGACAGUAUCUGUGAGGCGACGAAACAGGAUGCAGCAAAUGCCUUCAGAAGUCCCAAAGUGGAGAAAUGUGUAGCGAAGGUGUCGGAGGUUCUUGGACUCCCAAGAAACAUGGUAUUUCCUAUGAAGAACUACGAAAAUGAAUACCAACUUGACCCUAGCAUUGACGUCAUGGCUCUUCUCACUCUUAAAGGCAUAUUGAACAACUGUGACGCCCACCUCUUCAACCACUAUGAUGAGAUUGUAAAGAAAUACGCAGUGGCCGAGAGAAGAAAUCCGUGAACGAUAUGAAGUUGUACAUUAAAAUAAUAUGUCAAAUGAAUUUCCAUGAGUUAAAAUGAAUACUCAGAAACUAUUUGGAAUACAGUUAGAUACAAAUAUGUAUUAGCACCAUUGACAAACUCGAGUGUCCUGGUAUUGCCUGGUUCAAGAACAUUGUAGUAAUCAUCCAAACAAAUCGCAUAGUUUGAUUGCAGUUAAAACUUGAACUUUUUGAUAAAACACAGGGACCAACUUCAAACAGGAAAAGUCAUGUUCAAAAAAUGCAGCCAUCCAUACUGUAUUCAGUAUGGAAAUGAGGUUGUAUAUCGUGUGUUUUACAUAUAUGCGACAUGUAUCACAUUAAACUACACCUUAUUACUAACGCAAGUGCAUUGAUUACUUGUAUGACGUUUACAUGAAUCAUUCAAGCAUAUUUUAUGCCUUAUUUUUAAAAUACUUAGGUAUUGUAUGUGUGUGCGUGCGUGCGUGCGUGUAUGUGAAAUGCAUCGUGUCAUUUUAUUAUCAUGUUGCUUACAAGAUUCAUUUUUUUGUUUGUUUUGAUGAUUGUAAUACUUCUUCAAUAUAUUGCAUUCACAAUGUAAAAAUAUAUAAUUGGUAUCUUUAUUUUCUUUUUGACCGCUAUUGCAAAAUACGUUUUUGGCAAUAAAAGGGAUUUUCAGAAA